AAACAUAUUUGCAUUACUCACCUCCAAAACAGUUCCGGCUUUCUGUAAACAUGGAUGAGCAGGACAGACGAAGUCACUCAGUUUGACUCAAGCGCUCGUGGGCGACGUUGCCCGCAGAGAAGUGGUUCAUGAAUUGAAAAGCGCUGAACUCUUUCCUGGUGAGCGAGCGUCUUUCCCUUGUAUCUCUACGGAUAGUGUUUCCAAUUCGAAACCGUUUUCGCAACAAAGCAGGAGCUUGUGAUUGUUCUCCGGUGUCGCGCCGCAGAGGUUCACCGCAAACGACGACACCUACACCCGAUAGGGCCGACGCAUCUCCAGAGGGGACCAGCAGUGAAAAGAGAAUGGAGAGCACGAUUGAGAAAAAACGUUCAGGAUUCUCUACUGGGUGGUAUCUCCCCUCUCAACUGAAGGCGAGACGUGGUCUGCUGUUCCAUCAUGACUCGCCUGUACUGCUUUUCUCCGUUGUGCUUUGUAUGAUGGUUCUUGCACCACUAGUUUCUUUAGACCGUUCCACAUGUCGGGUUUGCACAGCCCUGGCUGACUCCAUCAGCGGUCGUGAGACGGAUACCGAUUUGAGUGAUACGUACAGUGGGACUGAAACCGAAGAGAGCACCACAGCUGAAUGGAGCGGCGGUGUUACAGAAGUCGAAGAGGGCAAACCAGCUGAAGGGAGCAGAGGUGUCUUAGAAGCAGAAGACCGCACGACGGUUGACGGAAGCGGCGGUGCUCCAGAAGUAUUAGGCGGUGCCGCGGAAGAAAACUACACGAGUGUCGGCAAGCUGAUUGAGUCGCAUGCCGUCGAACCAUUCCAAGAACGGAGCAGAAAUCCGAGCGUCGCCGCGCGUGUUUCAAGGACCCGACACUCCGGACGGGCUCGUCCACUAGUGGCUUCUGGAAUCCUUGCAAGCCUUGUGCUUUCUGUCCUCCUCGGUGCGAUCUUUCUCAAGUCGGGAAGAAAGUCGCGUAAAGCAACUACGCCAGCUCCAAGUAUGACACCAGUUGUGCUUCUCGUGAACGCUCGGAAAUCCCUUCAGCAUUCACUCGGAGACAUGUCAUAA